AUGGUAUCGACACGUGCACAGCGCUGGGCUCAGGGGUGGCCAUGCGGCGGUAUGAUUCAUGAUAACGGCGUGGUGAUUGCCUCGAAAUUCCGUGACUGUGAGCUCGAAUGCCUUAGCAGUGCAUGUGCUUGUGCUGUCCCUAUUAUUGUAUUCUCCUUCCAAGACAACGUCAGCUUCUCGGCAAGCCCAGUUCGCAUGUGCCGACGAACCGAUCAAGGGUCGUCUUCGUAUUCUACUGUAUCCCUUUCCCUUCACAAUGAUUUUGAUCAUCAACGGGCUAACUUCCUAGCAUCAACAACCCAGUAUUUAGGACUGCUCGUCCCUGAUAUGAGGUGUCGUUGCUUUCAUCGUUUGAAGCACGUCGAUUCUUAUUCAAUGAUUUGUGCUGGACCAACUGCGAGACCGCGAAUGCCAGACUUGUUCGCGUUCGCACACGUACGCGUAGCUGUGUUCGCUACCCAAUUUCAUCCCAGUCUGUUUCCUCCUCUAGACGACCAGGGCGACGACUUCCGAACGCUAGAAUAUCAUAGGAUCUGUGACUGCUGCAAGACAAAUGAGAGCAGACGGUCUCGGAGCACGAAAUAUGCGCAGACCGAUGGUUCUAGCCAGCCUUCAAGUAUGUACAUGAGCAGCAUCAUACCGGUGGCAAGUCAGAUCAAUUCCAUCAUCACAUGCCGUCGGUAUGACUGCCUACCUCCUUUCAGGCGCUUCGCAUUAGGUCUUCUCGCAUAG